UUUGCAGGACUAGAAUACCGGAAGUGGGCUGUCAUUCUAGCCCUGUGUCCUUUAGCUAACAAACAGGCUAGGUGUGUACCCCGUGGAAAGAUGCAUAGGGAUAUGUUUUAUGUAUGACUUUUCUGUGUCAUCUUGCUGGUAACAUGUUGCGCGUUGGAGGUAAAGUUACAUGCAGGGCAUGCAGGAAUGUGGUCCCCACCAGGACAGGGGUAAAAUUUCGCAUACCACUUCAGAAGCUGCACCCUCUGUACCGCGCCAUCCACCACCGUUAUUAUGGAAACACCAACACUCAGCGUCCACCUCAUCGCACAGCGGCCCGUUAUUUCACUUCCAUGUCACGCUUGCCAAUGCGGACACCGAAGCCGCCUCCGGGAUCGGGGGGCCGGGGCUACCAGCAGAAGCGCAACUUCUGGGUGGCCCGAUUGGCUGCGAGGCUGCUAAAGCUACGAUACAUUCUGCUUGGCAGCGCGGUGGGAGGAGGAUACACGGCUAAGAAGACCUAUGAUGAGUGGAAGGAUAUGCUGCCUGAUUUGAGCGAAUACAACUGGGUCAUUCCUGACUUUGUGUGGGAACUCAGCGAACAAAUAGAUCUUGAUAAAUUUGCCAAAGCUCUCCCAGAGAUGGAGGAAAUAGCUAAGCUCCUGCCUGACUUUGACAAAAUCGGGGAGAACUUCACUUUCAUCAAAAGUCUCCUGUCCUCUGGUGUCAGUUUGGGUAGUGAAGUCAAAGGAGCUUCUGGUCUGCUUCUCUUGUUAGAAACUUCAGGUGAGCCACCAUUAAAAGCCACAGAUGCUUCUACCGCAGCCUCUCAGGACGACAAGCAGUACAAAAAACAGGGUCUGCUCGGCGAACUCAUUCUUAUUCAGCAGCAGAUCCAACAGCACGAAGAAGAGGUCCGACAAGCAGCUGCUGCCAAUUAUGCGCGUCCCCCACCGCCAGAGCCUGCUCCCACUCCGCCUCCGAACCCCAGCCCCCCUCAUCACACACGCAAGUCCUCAGAUAAAGAAAAGAUAGAUCAGCUCCAAGAAGACCUUCUUCGUACCCAGCUUAAGUAUCAACGCAUGCUGGAGAGACUGGAGAAAGAGAACAAGGAGUUGAGGAAAGUGGUUCUGCAAAAGGACGACAAAGGGAUCCACCAAAGAAAAGUAAAGAAAUCCCUUAUUGAUUUGUAUUCUGAAGUUUUGGACAUCCUGUCUGACUAUGAUGCCAACUACAACACACAGGACCAUUUACCCAGGGUGGUUGUGGUGGGCGAUCAGAGUGCUGGCAAGACAAGUGUCCUGGAGAUGAUUGCACAGGCCAGGAUUUUUCCAAGAGGCUCUGGAGAGAUGAUGACACGAUCUCCUGUUAAGGUGACACUCAGUGAAGGCCCCCACCACGUGGCUUUGUUCAAAGACAGUGGUCGUGAGUUUGACUUGACCAAGGAGGAAGAUCUGGCUGCUCUGAGGCAUGAGAUUGAGCUGCGGAUGAGAAAGAGUGUGAAAGAAGGACAAACUGUCAGCUGUGAGACAAUAUCCUUAAGUGUCAAAGGCCCAGGAAUCCAGAGAAUGGUUCUUGUUGAUUUACCGGGUGUCAUCAGUACUGUGACGUCAGGCAUGGCAUCAGACACUAAGGAGACCAUCUUCAGUAUUAGUAAGGCCUACAUGCAAAACCCCAAUGCAAUCAUCCUUUGCAUUCAAGACGGCAGCGUGGAUGCAGAGCGAAGCAUUGUAACUGAUCUGGUUAGCCAAAUGGACCCCCAUGGGAAAAGGACAAUCUUUGUGUUGACCAAAGUGGACUUGGCUGAGAAGAACCUGACCAGCCCGAGCAGAAUCCAACAAAUAGUUGAGGGCAAACUGUUUCCCAUGAAGGCUCUGGGAUACUUUGCUGUCGUGACAGGAAAAGGAAGCAGUGGCGAGAGCAUUGACUCAAUUAAAGACUAUGAGGAGGACUUCUUCCAGAACUCCAGAUUAUUGCGGGACGGCAUGUUGAAGGCCCACCAGGUGACCACGAAGAACUUGAGUCUGGCCGUUUCAGACUGCUUCUGGAAAAUGGUCAGAGAGUCUGUAGAGCAGCAAGCAGACGUCUUUAAAGCAUCCCGCUUCAACCUGGAGACAGAGUGGAAAAACAAUUAUCCUCGUUUGAGAGAACUGGAUCGGAAUGAACUGUACGAAAAGGCCAAGAAUGAAAUCUUGGAUGAAGUCAUCAACUUGAGUCAAGUGACUCCACAGCACUGGGAAGCCAUCCUGCAGAAGAAGCUGUGGGAGCGUGUUUCCACACAUGUGAUAGAGAACAUCUACCUACCUGCUGCACAAACAAUGGACUCGGGGACCUUUAACACCACCGUAGACAUUAAACUGAAGCAGUGGACUGACAAGCAGCUUCCACACAAAGCCCUUGAGGUUGCCUGGGAGACACUGCAGGAGGAAUUUGCUCGCUUCAUGGCUGAGUACAAAGGCAAAGACCAGGAUGACAUUUUUGACAAGCUGAAGGAGGCUGUGAAAGACGAGAGCAUCAAGAGGCACAAGUGGAAUGAGAGGGCCAUGGACAGCCUGAGGGUGAUCCAGCACAAUGCCCUGGAAGACCGUUCCAUUACGGACAAGCCUCAGUGGGAUGCAGCAAUUCAAUUCAUGGAACAAACUUUGCAGUCACGCCUCAAAGACACUGAAGCUGUAAUCAACGACAUGGUGGGGCCAGACUGGAAGGAGAGGUGGAUGAGCUGGAAGAACCGAACACCAGAUCAGCAUAUCCGCAAUGAAACAAGAACAGAGCUGGAGCGCUUGCUGAAGCUGCACGAUGAACAUACGGCUUACCUGGCCAACGAUGAGGUCACCACAGUCAGGAAGAACCUGGAGGGACGAGGGGUGGAAGUGGACCCAGUACUUAUCAAAGACACAUGGCAUCAGCUCUAUCGACGUCACUUUUUGCAAAAAGCUCUGGCCCACUGUAGCCUCUGCAAAAGGGGCUUCUACUAUUACCAGAGGCACUUUGUUGACUCUGAGUUGGAGUGCAAUGACGUCGUCCUUUUCUGGAGAAUUCAGAGGAUGCUGGUCAUCACUGCCAACACACUACGACAGCAGCUCACCAACACUGAAGUGCGCCGACUGGAGAAAAAUGUCAAAGAGGUGCUAGAGGACUUUGGAGAGGAUAUGGAGAAGAAAUCUCAGCUCAUCACUGGCCGCCGAGUCCAACUUGCUGAGGAUCUCAAGAAGGUUCGUGAGAUCCAGGAGAAGCUUGAAGCCUUCAUAGAAGCUCUACACAAAGAGAAAUAAGACAGAACUGUUGAGAAUUAAGGUAAUGUUUCGCUCACAGAAGAAAAAAAUGCACUGAUUGAUAGAAUUUGAUCAUGAUGGACUGCUGGAUGUCACACACGUCACCCUCAACCCCCUCAUCUGAAUUUAAUACUCACACCUUUAAGCUCUUACCUCCUUGACAUUCAUGGAAAGAUGGACCUUAAAAGAAGGAAGAUUUAUCAGAAGACUCUCUUGGAGUAUAUCUUUCUGUUUUGGGGGGAGCUGUCCUGGUCAAGAGUGGGACAGGACCUCCCAUCGUUAAAUCUGGAAGAAGACAACAACCCAUGACAAUGGAGAAGAAGGCUGCAUGGUUGUGGCUAUUUGAACAUUUACCCUGUCUCAUUGAGCUUUUGCGUCUCGUUGGAUCUCCAGGCACCAUUUGAAAAGAACCAACUGUGGACCUGGACACAUUAUUAUUUAAAGAGUCAUUGGUGGACUGGAAAUUAAGAAAGCACUUAUUGGUUAAUUCUGUCCACAAAGUCCAUACAAUUUACCCUCAUGUUCCAUAUUUGGUUUAUCAGUGUGUGCUUCAUUUUCACUUCACACAGAUGAGUACGCAGUCCCAUGUUCCAAAAGGUUUUACAAAAUGAAUCCACUUUAUUUAAAUGUGUAAAUACAAUUGGUGGAAAAAAAAAUAAAAGGUUAGCAUGUCUGUGUGUAAUUUGGACUAAUAGUAAAUUAAGAAUAAUAAAACUAAUAGAUAAAGGGGAAAAGUCCUGCAUUUCUUUCUGGUCUUUGAACACCGCAUUGACACAUAAGUCACAAUGAUAACAAAAAAAUAUGCCCUUCCAAAGUUAACUGUUUAGUUUUGUCAAUGUUUGUUCUAUUCACGUAUCUUUUGAUCUGGUUGUAGUCGGCAGUGGUGUCGUACUCAGAGCUGUUAAGAAUAUUUUGCACUUUGGCAACCAUGCUAGUAGAGGAUAGAUGAUCAACCAUGAUACAUUCUUUUUCUCUUAGAGACCAGAUCACAUCCCGUCUUGACUUGGAACACUCGUGACUGUCGCCCAUAUAAACAUUCAUUUUUCCUACUCUGAGAGUUCAACUGAAAGGGUGUGUGUACCACAGUACUCGUGGAUUGGGUGUAUGUAUGUACGUACGUAUGUAUUGUGUAUAUGGCUAGAAAGACAUAAUGGGUUUUUUCAAACCGGUAUAGUGAUGUUAAAUUAGCAGCGUUUGCGGCACAGCACCACUCACAAGGAAAUGGUUGCUUGAAUAAUAGUUUAUGUUAAAAGUCAGGUUUGCAAGGUGUGAUCAGUCAUUUGUUCCUUAUUUAUUUCAUUUGUGUUUCACGGAAAAAAUAAAAUUGACAAAUGAAAUUAUUUUUCCCCA